AACUAUUGAGAGCACUAUUAAAGAGAAACUAGAUGCGGAAAAAGAGGAACUUGAGCAACUGAAAAGUAAACUGCAUGAAGAAAGACAGGAAAUUGAAAACAACAAGCAUGACAUGAUGAAAGACAAGGAUGAGUUGGAACACUUGAAAAAUGACCUUCAGAGACAACGGGAAGAGCUUGAUCGAUACAAGGAAAACAUUCAAAAUGAGAAAGAUGAAAUUGAAAAGAAAGUGUCUGAGGUGAAAGAAAAUACCAAUAACAUGGAGAACAUGAUGCAGGAGAGUAUAAAGGAGAACGAGAGACUGAAAGAACAAGCACGUGUUCUUCAAAAAGAAAAGGAUGACCUCCAGAGUCUUGCUGAAGACACGGAUGGAAGGAAGGUUGAGCUUGAACAGUUUAAUAUUGACAUUGAGAAACAAAAACAAGAAUUAGGAGAAAACAAACUCAUUCUUGAGGCAGAAAGACGUGGUUUGGAGAAGAAAAAGGCAGAAAUUGAUAUGAAAAUGGACAUAUUAGAGAAUGAAAGUGUGAAACAGAGGGCAGAAAACAAACAGCUGAUGAUGGAUAUACAGGAAGAGAAAGACGAUCUUAAAAAGCUUCAAGAAGAAAUAGAACCUAAGAAAAAAGCCCUAAAGAGCCAGGAGGAAGACCUGAACACCAGGAAGGAGCAACUAACCCUUCUCCAGUCAGAACUCCAAACACAGAGAGACACCAUGGAAGACACGAUGAAGGUCAUUCAAGAGCAACAGGGUGAGCUAACAGAAAGGACAGCUAAGAUAGACCAGCAACAAAGAGAGCUAGACAACAUGAUGGAUAUCCACAACAAGGACAAAAUUGAAUUUGACCGAUGCAGGGCUGAAAUGGAAGAAGAGAGAAAAACUAUUGAGAGCACUGUUAAAGAGAAACUAGAUACUGACAGAGAAGAACUUGAGAAACUGACAGAUAGACUGCACGAAGAAAGACAGGAAAUUGAAAACAACAAACAUGACAUGAUGAAAGACAAGGAUGAGUUGGAAAACUUGAAAAAUGACCUUCAGAGACAACGGGAAGAGCUUGAUCAAUGCAAGGAAAACAUUCAAAAUGAGAAAGAUGAAAUUGAAAAGAAGGUGUCUGAGGUGGAAGAAAAGACCAAUAACAUGGAGAACAUCAUGCAGGAGAGUAUAAAAGAGAAAGAGAGACUGAAAGAACAAGCACAUGUUCUUCAAAAAGAAAAGGAUGACCUCCAGAGUCUUGGUGAAGAAACGGAUAGAAGGAAGGUUGAGCUUGAACAGUUUAAUAUUGACAUUGAGAAACAAAAACAAGAAUUAGGAGAAAACAAACUCAUUCUUGAGGCAGAAAGACGUGGUUUGGAGAAGAAAAAGGCAGAAAUUGAUAUGAAAAUGGACAUAUUAGAGAAUGAAAGUGUGAAACAGAGGGCAGAAAACAAACAGCUGAUGAUGGAUAUACAGGAAGAGAAAGACGAUCUUAAAAAGCUUCAAGAAGAAAUAGAACCUAAGAAAAAAGCCCUAAAGAGCCAGGAGGAAGACCUGAACACCAGGAAGGAGCAACUAACCCUUCUCCAGUCAGAACUCCAAACACAGAGAGACACCAUGGAAGACACGAUGAAGGUCAUUCAAGAGCAACAGGGUGAGCUAACAGAAAGGACAGCUAAGAUAGACCAGCAACAAAGAGAGCUAGACAACAUGAUGGAUAUCCACAACAAGGAAAAAAUUGAAUUUGACCGAUGCAGGGCUGAAAUGGAAGAAGAGAGAAAAACUAUUGAGAGCACUGUUAAAGAGAAACUAGAUACUGACAGAGAAGAACUUGAGAAACUGACAGAUAGACUGCACGAAGAAAGACAGGAAAUUGAAAACAACAAACAUGACAUGAUGAAAGACAAGGAUGAGUUGGAAAACUUGAAAAAUGACCUUCAGAGACAACGGGAAGAGCUUGAUCAAUGCAAGGAAAACAUUCAAAAUGAGAAAGAUGAAAUUGAAAAGAAGGUGUCUGAGGUGGAAGAAAAGACCAAUAACAUGGAGAACAUCAUGCAGGAGAGUAUAAAAGAGAAAGAGAGACUGAAAGAACAAGCACAUGUUCUUCAAAAAGAAAAGGAUGACCUCCAGAGUCUUGGUGAAGAAACGGAUAGAAGGAAGGUUGAGCUUGAACAGUUUAAUAUUGACAUUGAGAAACAAAAACAAGAAUUAUACAGGAAGAGAAAGACGAUCUUAAAAAAGCUUCAAGAAGAAAUAGAACCUAAGAAAAAAGCCCUAAAGAGCCAGGAGGAAGACCUGAACACCAGGAAGGAGCAACUAACCCUUCUCCAGUCAGAACUCCAAACACAGAGAGACACCAUGGAAGACACGAUGAAGGUCAUUCAAGAGCAACAGGGUGAGCUAACAGAAAGGACAGCUAAGAUAGACCAGCAACAAAGAGAGCUAGACAACAUGAUGGAUAUCCACAACAAGGACAAAAUUGAAUUUGACCGAUGCAGGGCUGAAAUGGAAGAAGAGAGAAAAACUAUUGAGAGCACUAUUAAAGAGAAACUAGAUACUGACAGAGAAGAACUUGAGAAACUGACAGAUAGACUGCACGAAGAAAGACAGGAAAUUGAAAACUGCAAACAUUCCAUGAUGAAAGACAAAGAUGAGUUGGACAACUUGAAAAAUGACCUUCAGAAACAACGAGAAGAGCUUGAUCGAUACAAGGAAAACAUUCAAAUUGAGAGAGAUGAAAUUGAAAAGAAGGUGUCUAAGGUGGAAGAAAAGACCAAUAACAUGGAGAACAUGAUGCAGGAGAGUAUAAAGGAGAAAGAGAGACUGAAAGAACAAGCACAGGUUCUUCAAAAAGAAAAGGAUGACCUCCAGAGUCUUGCUGAAGACACGGAUGGAAGGAAGGUUGAGCUUGAACAGUUUAAUAUUGACAUUGAGAAACAAAAACAAGAAUUAGGAGAAAACAAACUCAUUCUUGAGGCAGAAAGACGUGGUUUGGAAAAGAUAAAGGCAGAAAUUGAUAUGAAAAUGAACAUAUUAGAGAAUGAAAGUGUGAAACAGAGGGCAGUAAACAAACAGCUGAUAAUGGAUAUACAGGAAGAGAAAGACGAUCUUAAAAAGCUUCAAGAAGAAAUAGAAUCUAAGAAAAAAGCCCUAAAGAGCCAGGAGGAAGACCUGAACACCAGGAAGGAGCAACUGGACCUUCUCCAGUCAGAACUCCAAACAGAGAGAGACAACAUGGAAGACACGAUGAAGAUCAUUCAAGAGCAACAGGGUGAGCUAACAGAAAGGACAGCUAAGAUAGACCAGCAACAAAGAGAGCUAGACAACAUGAUGGAUUUCCACAAAGAGGACAAAAUUGAAUUUGACCGAUGCAGGGCUGAAAUGGAAGAUGAGAGAAAAACUUUGCAGAGCACUAUUAAAGAGAAACUAGAUACUGACAGAGAAGAACUUGAGAAACUGAAAAAUAGACUGCAAGAAGAAAGACAGGAAAUUGAAAACAACAAACAUGACAUGAUGAAAGACAAGGAUGAGUUGGAAAACUUGAAAAAUGACAUUCAGAGACAACGGGAAGAGCUUGAUCAAUGCAAGGUAAACAUUCAAAAUGAGAAAGAUGAAAUUGAAAAGAAGGUGUCUGAGGUGGAAGAAAAGACCAAUAAGAUGGAGAACAUGAUGCAGGAGAGUAUAAAAGAGAAAGAGAGACUGAAAGAACAAGCACAGUUUCUUCAAACAGAAAAGGAUGACCUCAGGAGUCUUGCUGAAGAAACGGAUAGAAGGAAGGUUGAGCUUGAACAGCUUAAUAUUGACAUUGACAAACAAAAACAAGAAUUAGGAGAAAACAAACUCAUUCUUGAGGCAGAAAGACGUGGUUUGGAGAAGAAAAAUGAAGAAAUUGAUAUGAAAAUGGACAUAUUAGAGAUUGAAAGUGUGAAACAGAGGGCAGAAAACAAACAGCUAAUGAUGGAAAUACAGGAAGAGAAAGACGAUCUUAAAAAGAUACAAGAAGAAAUAGCAUUGAAUAAAAAAGCCCUAAAGAGCCAGGAGGAAGACCUGAACACCAGGAAGGAGCAACUGGACCUUCUCCAGUCAGAACUCCAAACACAGAGAGACACCAUGGAAGACACGAUGAAGAUCAUUCAAGAGCAACAGGGUGAGCUAACAGAAAGGACAGCUAAGAUAGACCAGCAACAAAGAGAGCUAGACAACAUGAUGGAUAUCCACAACAAGGACAAAAUUGAAUUUGACCAAUGCAGGGCUGAAAUAGAAGACGAGAGAAAAACUAUUGAGAGCACUAUUAAAGAGAAACUAGAUACUGACAGAGAAGAACUUGAGAAACUGACAGAUAGACUGCACAAAGAAAGACAGGAAAUUGAAAACAACAAACAUGACAUGAUGAAAGACAAGGAUGAGUUGGAAAACUUGAAAAAUGACCUUCAGAGACAACGGGAAGAGCUUGAUCAAUGCAAGGAAAACAUUCAAAAUGAGAAAGAUGAAAUUGAAAAGAAGGUGUCUGAGGUGGAAGAAAAGACCAAUAACAUGGAGAACAUCAUGCAGGAGAGUAUAAAGGAGAAAGAGAGACUGAAAGAACAGGCAGAGGUUCUUCAAAAAGAAAAGGAUGACCUCCAGAGUCUUGCUGAAGAAACGGAUAGAAGGAAGGUUGAGCUUGAACAGUUUAAUAUUGACAUUGACCAACAAAAACAAGAAUUAGGAGAAAACAAACUCAUUCUUGAGGCAGAAAGACGUGGUUUGGAGAAGAAAAAUGCAGAAAUGUAUAUGAAAAUGGACAUAUUAGAGAUUGAAAGUGUGAAACAGAGGGCAGAAAACAAACAGCUAAUGAUGGAAAUACAAGAAGAGAAAGACAAUCUUAAAAAGAUACAAGAAGAUAUAGAAUUGAAUAAAAAAGCCCUAAAGAGCCAGGAGGAAGACCUGAACACCAAGAAGGAGCAACUGGACCUUCUCCAGUCAGAACUCCAAACACAGAGAGACACCAUGGAAGACACGAUGAAGGUCAUUCAAGAGCAACAGGGUGAGCUAACAGAAAGGACAGCUAAGAUAGACCAGCAACAAAGAGAGCUAGACAACAUGAUGGAUAUCCACAACAAGGACAAAAUUCAAUUUGACCGAUGCAGGGCUGAAAUGGAAGACGAGAGAAAAACAACUGAGAGCACUGUUAAAGAGAAACUAGAUACUGACAGAGAAGAACUUGAGAAACUGACAGAUAGACUGCACAAAGAAAGACAGGAAAUUGAAAACAACAAACAUGACAUGAUGAAAGACAAGAAUGAGUUGGAAAACUUGAAAAAUGACCUUCAGAGACAACGGGAAGAGCUUGAUCAAUGCAAGGAAAACAUUCAAAAUGAGAAAGAUGAAAUUGAAAAGAAGGUGUCUGAGGUGGAAGAAAAGACCAAUAAGAUGGGGAACAUGAUGCAGGAGAGUAUAAAGGAGAAAGAGAGACUGAAAGAACAAGCACAGGUUCUUCAAAAAGAAAAGGAUGACCUCCAGAGUCUUGCUGAAGAAACGGAUAGAAGGAAGGUUGAGCUUGAACAGCUUAAUAUUGACAUUGACAAACAAAAACAAGAAUUAGGAGAAAAAAAACUCAUUCUUGAGGCAGAAAGACGUGGUUUGGAGAAGAAAAAAGAAGAAAUUGAUAUGAAAAUGGACAUAUUAGAGAUUGAAAGUGUGAAACUGAGGGCAGAAAACAAACAGCUAAUGAUGGAAAUACAGGAAGAGAAAGACGAUCUUAAAAAGCUUCAAGAAGAAAUAGAAUCGAAUAAAAAAGCCCUGAAGAGCCAGGAGGAAGACCUGAACACCAAGAAGGAGCAACUAACCCUUCUCCAGUCAGAACUCCAAACACAGAGAGACACCAUGGAAGACACGAUGAAGAUCAUUCAAGAGCAACAGGGUGAGCUAACAGAAAGGACAGCUAAGAUAGACCAGCAACAAAGAGAGCUAGACAACAUGAUGGAUAUCCACAACAAGGACAAAAUUGAAUUUGACCAAUGCAGGGCUGAAAUGGAAGACGAGAGAAAAACAAUUGAGAGCACUGUUAAAGAGAAACUAGAUACUGACAGAGAAGAACUUGAGAAACUGACAGAUAGACUGCACAAAGAAAGACAGGAAAUUGAAAACAACAAACAUGACAUGAUGAAAGACAAGGAUGAGUUGGAAAACUUGAAAAAUGACCUUCAGAGACAACGGGAAGAGCUUGAUCAAUGCAAGGUAAACAUUCAAAAUGAGAAAGAUGAAAUUGAAAAGAAGGUGUCUGAGGUGGAAGAAAAGACAAAUUACAUGGAGAACAUGAUGCAGGAGAGUAUAAAGGAGAAAGAGAGACUGAAAGAACAAGCACAGGUUCUUCAAAAAGAAAAGAAUGACCUCCAGAAUCUUGCUGAAGAAAGGGAUAGAAGGAAGGUUGAGCUUGAACAGUUUAAUAUUGACAUUGACAAACAAAAACAAGAAUUAGGAGAAAACAAACUCAUUCUUGAGGCAGAAAGACGUGGUUUGGAGAAGAAAAAGGCAGAAAUUGAUAUGAAAUUGGAUAUAUUAGAGAUUGAAAGUGUGAAACAGAGGGCAGAAAACAAACAGCUAAUGAUGGAAAUACAGGAAGAGAAAGACGAUCUUAAAAAGCUUCAAAAAGAAAUUGAAGCUAUGAAAAAGGCCCUAAAGAGCCAGGAGGAAGACCUGAACACCAGGAAGGAGCAACUAGACCUUCUCCAGUCAGAGCUCCAAACACAGAGAGACACCAUGGAAGACACGAUGAAGAUCAUUCAAGAGCAACAGGGUGAGCUAACAGAAAGGAAAGCUAAGAUAGACCAGCAACAAAGAGAGCUGGACAACAUGAUGGAGCAUACUGAGCUUGAACGAAGAACACCCGUGACACAACCACACCUGCAAAAAGAGACCCUAACUGAGAAGGAUGAUCUCGAUAAAGUCCGAUCUGAUAUUGAUUUACAGAAAAUGCUUCUGCAGGACGACCUCAAACUAAUAAAAAGAGAUAGAGAUGAACUAGAAGAAAUCAAGAAGCAAAUUUACAAAGAAAUGGAAGACAUUGAAAUAAAGAAAAACAUUUUGACAAGGGAGAGAGAUGUGAUAGACCAGAGAACUGCCGCUUUGGAAGUGCAACAAAGAGAGUUAGAGCUGGAAAGACAAAGCCUUCGGGAUGAAAAAGACAAUCUGGAAAAGACUAAAUCUGUGCUCAGAGGUACUGGAGAGAUUGAGAACCUCAUGGAGGAGAUGAAGAAACAGAAAGAUGGCAUAGAUGAGAUGGCCUUUCAGCUCAAGAAAGAAAAGGAAAACAUGAAUAAUAUGAUCAAAGAAAUGAAGAUAAAGGAAGAAGGUCUAAACCAGAGACAUGUGAAUCUACAAAGUUUAGAAGAAGAUAUAAAAAACGAAAGAAUCCUACAUGAACGGGAAAGGAAUAAGUUGGAAAAACAGAAUCAGGAAAUAGAGGGGAUGAUGAAAAAAAUAGAAAGGGAGAAGGAGGAAUUGAUUAAGCAAAAGGACGAUGUCAGCCUGAGACAGGAUGAGCUCAAUCUCCUCCUAGCUGAGACUCAAAAACAAAGACGUGACGUUGAGGACAUGAGCAAUGCCCUUCAGCUGCAGCAGAGUGAAUUCACUCAGUGGGAGAUGACACUACAAAAACAACAGAAAGACUUGGAUGAAGGCUGGGAACUCAAUACAAGGGCAAAGGAUAAUCUGGAGAAGAUGACACUAGAAACUGAGGAGCAAAAACAACAAUUUAAAGAAGAUAUGGAAAGGUUGAUGAAUGAGAGAGCAGAAGUUAAUCACCUGAAAAAUGAAAUUCAGAAAGAAAAAGAGAGGGUGCAACAUUUGACCAGAGUAGAUGCUACAACACAAACUCCUAUGGUGGACAUGAGACAGACUGUCCCAACCCUUUCGGUAGAGUCCGAGCCUGUUGAUGUUGCAAGACCUGAUGCAGCAACAGAAACACCUCUGACAGAGAUAGCGCAGGCUGAUGAGGCAACAACUGCAGUGAAGUUGGAGAUGGACGAUGCUACAACACAGACAAUUCCAGUGAAGGUGGAACAAGCUGAUGCUGAAACACAAACACCUGUGGAGACAGAACAGUAUGAUGAUGGUGUAAAACAAAUACCUGCUGUCAAAGCAAAAAAGACUGAUGUUGAAAGAGCUGUCACCGAAAAGAAACCUGCUGAUGCAAUAGCACAAACACUUACAGCUGAGAUGGUCACUGCUGCAUCCCAAACUCUUGAGAUGGAAAUAGAAAAGGCUGAUGUUGAAACACAAACAUUUGAUGUGAAGCUGGAGCAGCCUUUUGCAGCAGUUAUCAAGGAGGUGAAGGCAGCUGUUGGCAUAAUACAGGCUGAUGUUACAGCACACACAGCUGUGGUGGAGAAAGAGAAAGUUGAGGCAGCACCACCUGCAGUGAAGAGGGAAAUGGCUGAUGCAGCAACACAAACAAUUGCUGUGGAGACAGAACGGGUUGUUGCUGAUGUUACAACACAAACACUUGCAGCAGAAGCGGAGCAGGCUGAUGCAGCAACACAAACACCUGUGGUGAAUAUGGAACCAUCUGAUGCUGCAGCACAAACUGUUGUGGUGCCCUCAGAACAGGAUAUAUCAACACUUACAGAGGAGAUGGAACCGGCUGAUGUUCCAACACUUUUAUUUAAGUUGGAGCAGGCUGAUGCUGAAUCACAAACCCCUGUGGAGGAUAUCGAACAGGCUGAUCCAGCACCACCAGCGGAGGAGAUGGCUGAUGCUGAAACACAGACAUCUACUGUAGAGCCAGAAAAGGCUGAUCCAGCACCACCAGCAGAGGAGAUGGCUGAUGCAACAACACAGACAUCUACUGUAGAGCCAGAAAAGGCUGUUGCAGCACCUGAAACAGCUGCCAUGGAGUUGGAUAAGCCUGAUGCUUCAACACAAACUCUAGCGGCAGUGGUGGAGCAAGCUGAUGCAGACACACAAACAGUUCCAGUGCUUACAGAACAGGCUAUUGCAGGAACAUUUGCAGUGGGGAUUGAGAUGGUUGAUGCUGCAACACAAACACUUGCAGCAGAAGUGGAGCAGGCUGAUGAAGCAACACAAACACCUGUGGUGAAUAUGGAACCAUCUGAUGCUGCAGCACAAGCAGUGGUGGUGCCCUCAGAACAGGAUGAUGUAACAUCUGCAAUGGAGAUAGAGUCUAUUGAUGUUGCAACACCUGUGGUGGAGACAGAGCCGACUGAUGCAGCUCAACCUGCGAAAAAGGAUAUGGCUGAUGCUACAACACAAACUUUAGCGGCAGAGGUGGAGCAAGCUGAUUCUGAAAAACAAGUCGUUUCAGCACUAACUGAACCGACUACUGCAACACAUGCAGAGGAGAUGGAACCUGCUGAUGUUCUCACACGUUUGUUUACGAUGGAGCUGACUGAUGCUGCAACACAAACCUCUGUGAUUGAGGCGAAACAGGUGGAACAGGCAGAUGCUGCAACACAAACACGUGUGGUUGAGAUGGAGAAGGCUUAUGUAGUAAAACCAGUGGUGGAAAUAAAGGUGAGAGAAGGGGAUGAAAAGAGUACAGCCGAGAUCCAAACUGAGACACAGAAAUUGAAGAAACUGAUGGAGUCUUUAGAAGGAGCAAAAGCUGAAAUGGAGCAAAAGAGGGCUGACCUAGAAAGAAAGAGGCAAGAGACAGAGAACAUCAAAACAAUACUGAACACUGAAAGAGAAGAGCUGGAGCAGACAAGGGCAGCGAACCAGACAGAGAAGGAAACAGCAAGAGCAAUAUCCACACAGCUUCUGAAGCUGAAGGAAGUCCUGGAGAACCUCUCAUCUGAGACCCUGAGGAAAAGAGCUGAGCUGGAGUUAGUCAGUGAGGAGAUUCAGAGGAGAAGACAAGAGAAGGAGGCAGAUGAUAGAGCAAAAAUGAAGAGAACAUAUGCUAAACAAAUAAAAGAACAAACUGAGACAUCAGUUCAAACCGAGAUAAAGGGUGAAGAAUUCGACACCAUCCAAGUUCUUAUGGACAGAGACAGGCAGGAUUUGGAGACGAUGAGGGAGAUGUUGGAAAGAGAAAGGAUAUUACUGGAACAAGAAAAGAUGGAGGCAAUGAGCAGUAAAGACAAAAGGAUGGAGAAAAGGUUGGAUACCAAAGACAAGGAGCAACAAGAAGGCGAAAGGGAACCUGACAUUCAUGGGGAUGUUAUUGGUAAAAUUAACAUUUCCACACAAACAUCUAAAACAGAACCUGAGCCAACAAAAGACUUUAAGAGAGAAGAGUCUGACUCCAGUAGAGACACACUGACAAAAGAGAUGGAACAAUUGAAUUUCAGAAAAUCUGAGAUAGAGACGCAAGCGCAGGAGAUUGCAAAAAGAGCAGAAGACUUGAAACUAAAAGAGACUGAGCUGGAGAAAACAUUAGCUGAUAUACAGCUGUCAAAAACUGCCAUGGAAAUUACAAUUAAAGAGCAGAGAGAGGAGGCAGAACGUAUACUGGAGCAAACACAGGGGGGAAAGGAAACCCGUGCAGAGUUAAAUUCAGAGAUAGAGAGACAGACAGGUCAAUUGAAGGAUGUCUUAAACGAGUGUCAGAGAAAAAAGAAAGAGCUACAACAGAUUCAGGGUAAGAUCCAUGAAACCGAAGACGAAAUUAUCAAGCUAAAGGACAUGAAGAGGAUGCUAGAGAUAGACACACAAAUGAAAGCCAUCACAGACCCUGAACUUAUUGGAAAAGAAGACAAGGCUAAAGACCAAAAGAGACAAACUGAAAGAAAAGACACAGCAACAAUGACAAUUGCAACCACUGAAAAAAUCACGCAACAAGAAAAUGCUGCCACACAAACACCACAUGAAGAUCAGAGAGAGAUCAAAGAGUUGAAGCACUGGCAGGAGGCAUACCGCAAAAAGAGUGAGGAACUUUCAUGGAUGGAAACAGAAGUAAACAGACAGCGAGAAGAAACCGAGAACAGUAUGAGGAAAAUAGAGAAAGAGAAGGAGGAGAUGUUAAGGGAUGGAGCUGAACUUCAGCAAUGCCUGGAAGAGAUAGAAAGAGGGGAGGCAGAAAAAUGCGUGGAAAGACUAAAAUCACUCAGAACUGAAUGGAGGAUGAGAGGUUGGGAUAUUGAAACACUGGAUGUUAGAAAAAGAAAGGAGCCGAAAAAGAGAGAAACUGGAAAGAGGAAAAUCACUGACAGAGAAGAGAUUGAACAAAUAAAAAAGAGGAUACAUGAAAUGAAAGAAGAACUGGAGAAAAGAUGGGAAUCCAUUGAACAAAAACAGAAGGAGAAAGUGACGAAACGGAGAGAACUGGAGCUUAGAAGAGCCGACAUAGAGAAAUACAAGGAAGUGCUCCAAAGAGAACAGAUCAAGGACCGCCAGAGAGCCAUGGAGAGAGAGAGAGAGGUGCAGAUUAUAAAGGAGCUAAUGGUCAAGGAGAUUGAAAUACUAAGGCGCACAGACAAAGGUAUCAGCAGUGAAGAGCUGUGGAGACUAGCCCUGCAGAUAUCGCAGCUGGAGAGGUCACUGGUGAAGACCACACACAGGGGCGUGCAGACGCAGAGGGAGCCGAGACAGAGAGAAGCAGUCACCCCACACCUGGAGGAGACACAGGAGUUCCAGCAGAGGCCUGCAGGUGGAAUGGUACAGGUCAGCUCUUUUGCAGAAGGAGGACUAUGGAAGCCCAGAGAGAGCAGAGGGACACAGACAGGAAGAAGAGAAGAGAGGACUUCUCUGGGUCUAAGGCUGUUGUCGUGGAUCAGGAGGUGCUGUGACUGCUGCUGUCCAACAGAAGGCCAGGGGGAGGAAUACCAGUGGGUGGAGCUUCACGAAGAAGAACUCCACUAAGGACUUUCUGGAAAACUUCAUGAUAUGCAGCAACUCACAUAUUCUUGGAAUAUGGACAGACACAUCUCAAGUUACCAAGAGGAAAAUAGUAAUUUAUCCUUCCUUAUAUUUCUGUUUUGCGUUUACUUUGUUAAUUUUGAGCAUUCAUGCUCUUAUUUCAUAUAAUCUCAGUCCUAUAUUACCUGACUGCUGUAUGUAAUCAAGGUAGUAAAUAACUGCAAAAUCAUAUUUUAUUUUGUUGGUCGUGCAUAUAUCUUAAUGUCUCAAAGAGGAAAUCAUCUACAGGGGAGUACAAGAAAGUUUGUGACAUCAGGAGAUUCAGGAAAUUAAUAAAUCGUUUUUUUUUAUUAUUAUUUCUUAGCUUCAUUUUAAGCCCAGUAGUAUAUAAAGUAGGCUUUCAUUGUGGAUAUUAUUAUAAGGGCUUCGUUUAAGUUGUAUCAGUGCAUCUGAAGCACACACUUCUGAAUGCUAGAUUAGAAACUAGCAUUUUGAAUCUAAAAGUCUGUUCCUGUUUUACAUACCUUAUCAUUAAACAUGUACUUGCAAUAUA